ACAGGUGUUGGACUCGCGGAGGCGGUGCGGAGUGGGCAGCUGGACGCGGAGACGGGGCUCUUCAAGGACGGUGACGACAUGCUGCCGCUGAGGGACGCGUUCGCGAAGGGGCUGGUGCGUCGCGAGGCCCCGCCGCGGCGGACGCUGGUGCGGCAGCGCGCGCUGUCCGACGCACUGGCGCAGGGACUGGUGGACUCGAGGACAGGCAGUGUGGUGGACCGCCGCUCCGGCGAGAAGGUGCCCCUGGAAGAGGCGCUGCGGCGCGGGCUGGUGCGCGGUGACCUCCGGGAAGUGGUGGACGCCGCGAGCGACGACAAGAUGACCGUGGAGGAGGCCGUGGCGCGCGGCGUGCUGCGGGACGGCAAGUACAUGCACGCGGUGUCCGGGGAGAAGCUGCCGCUGCGUGAAGCCGGCCGCCGAGGCCUGCUCGCCAAGCCCAUGACCCUCAAGGACGCCAAGGACCUGGCGGCGCUGGACGACGCGGGUCGGAUACUCAGCCCCACGCACAGGGACAAGCUGUCCAUCCUGGCGAGCUGCGCGCGCGGCGUCCUGGACGCGGACUCGCUGCGCAGCGUCGCCAGCUCGGCCAGCUCGGACAACGAGGAGCUGCUGACGCUGGCGGAGGCCUUGGCGGAUGGCGUCAUCCUGCCCGAGGGCAAGUAUCGCGACGCGGUGUCCGGCGAGGAAAUGACCAUCGGCGAGGCCGUGGACAACGGGCUCAUCUCGUCCGUGGCGGUGCGCUCCGUGUUCGACAUCGAGGCGUUCCAGGACGCGACGUCGGACGCCGCGGAGCCGGCCUUCAUCUCGCUGAACACGGCACUGGACAAGCAGCUGGUGACGCCCGACGAGGCCCUGGUGGUGGACGCCAAGGCCGGCAAGUGCGUGCCCAUCGCCGAGGCCGUGCAGCAGGGCCUGGUGCGGCCCGCCGUGCUGGCCGAGCUCAACAAGGACAUUGGCAUUCCGGCCGAGGCCGGCGACGCGCAGGGCGGUGCGCUGAGCGUGCUGCAGGCCGUGGUGGCCGAGAGGCUGGACCCCAAGGCCGGCCAGGUGCUGGACCCCAAGACCAAGAAGGCCGUGUUCUCGGACGAGGCCGUGCGCCGCGAACUCAUCACGCCGCAGGGCGCAGCGCUGCUGGACAGCCUGCUCAACAUCGACGUGACGACGCAGACGGUGACGAAGCACGUCAAGCACUUCGUAACGGUCGUGGCGACCGGGCCGGCCAACACCGCGGAGGCCGUGCCUGCCGCCGAGGCCGAGGGCGCGACGUAUGAGGUGCCGACGGACGGCUGGUACCUGGCCGAGGCCAUCGACAAGAAGCUGUUCGACCCGGUGACGGGGCUCUUCAUCGUCCCCGGCACGGACCGCCUCGUGUCCCUCGAGGAGUGCGUCAAGCUGGAGAUCAUCAACCCGGUGUCGGCGCAGGUGAUGGACCCCAAGGACAACAAGGGCCAGCGUCGGCUGCCGCUGCUGCGCGCGCUGGGCAAGGGCCUGCUGGACGCCACGGGGCACUACCCGGACGCGGAGGGCUCCAAGAGGAUCACCAUGAAGGAGGCCAUCGCGAGGCACGCCGUCAUCCUGGAGCAGCGCACGGCCUCGGACUCGCCCAACACCAAGGUCAUCAAGGUGACGAAGGUCUCCGGCAAGCCCGACGUGGUGGAGGUGGAGGUGUCGCAGCCCGUCGAGGCGGGCGGCUCGCCCACGUUCGUGGAGGUCAAGAGCAGCGACGCGCUGGGGCAGGGCGCGGAGGGGCCGGGGCCGCUGCAGGUGCAGCCAGGUGUCAUCUUCGACCCGACCUCCGCCCUGGUCAUCUGCACGGACGGCGACGAGGCGCCGGGCAGGGCCGUGGGGCUGCUGCAGGCCGUCAAGGAGAAGAAGCUGGAGCCCAGGAUGGUCAAGGUCAAGGACCCGUACUCGGGCAAGGAGAUGAACAUCAACGAGGCGAUGCGCAAGGGCAUCAUCGACAAGGCCACGGGCGACUACAAGGACCGCGCGGGCCGCCGCAUCCCGCUGGCCGAGGCGGCCAAGUUCGGCAUGGUGGCCGUGCUGGGUGCACCGCUCGCCCUCAUGAAGAAGCUGAUCGUGGACCCGCGCACGGGCGAGCAGGUGUCCGUGGAGCGCGCGCUGGCGGAGGGCCUGGUGGACGAGGCCAAGCUCCGCGACCUGGAGCGCGCGCUGGAAACGGCGGACGCGGGUGACGGCGAGGUGCUGUCGACGCGGGUGGAGACGACGACCGUAGUGAAGGUGCUGGACCCCGCGACGGGGCAGGAGCUGCCGCCGGACGUGGCCGUGCAGAUGGGCGUCAUCGACAAGCGCGAGCUGGCCAGACUCACCGCCGCCGCAGGCUCUCUCUCCGCGCCGGGAACACCCACGCGGUCCAGGACGCCGACGACGCCGCUGCCGCCCAGCGACGACGAGGGCCUCUCCGAGGCGGAAAGGACGCGAGCCAGGGUGACGACGGAGCCCAAGUAUCAAGUGUCACUGGGCCGCGCGCGCACCCUGAGCCCCGACAUGAUGGACGCCGCCAAGCCCGUGGUGCUGCAGAAGAUGCGCAAGCGCGUGGUGAAGCCUCGCGACGCGCUGGACUGCGGCAUGAUCGACCAGGACACGGCGCGCAUCCUGGAGGACCCCAACACCUUCCGCGGCCAGCAGGGCGAGCCCGUCAACCUGGCCGAGGCCAUCGCGCUGAAGCGCGUGGACGGCAACCGCGGCGCCAUCCGCGACCCGCAGCGCGGUGACCUGCUGACCAUCAAGGAGGCCAUCGAGCGCGGCAUCCUGGACUCGACCACGCCGUCCGGCAACCUGCUGGUCCCCGUGGCCAGGAGCCUGUCCGUGCCCGGGCUGGUGGAGCAAGGCCUGCUCGAGCCCGAGGCCGGCCGCGUGGUGCACCCCGAGACCGGCGCGCUCUUGACGCUGUCCGAAGCCAUGACCUGCGAGAUCGUGGACCCGCUGUCGCAGCUCGCCGACCCGCUGACGGGCAAGAGGGUGACGCUGAGGGAGGCCCUGGACAGCGGCUCCAUCGACGACGAGACCGCCACCGUGGCGACGCGCAAGGGCAGCGUGGACCUGCUGACGGCCGCCAGGGACCUGCAGGUGUUCGAGAAGGCCAAGCCCGUGCUGGGGCUCGGCGAGACGCUGCCGCCCACCGGCAUGACGUUCCCCGUGGCCGUGACGCGCGGGCUGGUGGACGCGGCCGCCAAGGAGGUGAUCCACCCCAUCACCGGCGUGCGCACGCCCGUGCAGGUCGCCAUCCACGACGACUUCAUCAUGGCGCUGCCCUACCCGGUGUCCCCCGACAGCGUGGAGGUGACACAGGCGCUGGACUGCAACCUCAUCGACACGGACAAGGCAACCUUCACCAACCCCAGGACCGGCGACGUGCUGCCGGUGUCCGAGGCCGUGGAGACCGGGCUUCUCGUCAUCAAGCCCGUGCCCAGCCUGCUGUCGUUCGAGGCCGGAGGCGUGGUCACGGCCGUCACCGAGACCGUCACGUCGUACCAGACCAUCACGACGAGGACCAUCGACCUCAAGCCGGGCUUCGUGCUCAUCAGCGCGGACGAGGUGAAGAACGCCCAGACCGGCGAGGUGAUGUCGCUGGACCAGGCGCGGCUGCGCGGCAUCGCGCGGGACGAGUCGGAGGAGCGCGAGGAGUACACGACGGUGGACAGCAAGACGUCCUUCGAGGAGGCCGUGGCGCAGGGCCUGGUGGACCUGCACGCCGGCACCUUCACCCACCCCGAGUCCGGCGAAGUGAUGGCCAUCCGCGACGCCAUCUCCUCCGGCCUGCUGGACACGUCGGCGGAGCCCGAACCGGAACCAGAAGCGGGAGCCACACGCCGCGUCAGCGUCGCCGAAAUGCAGUUCGACGAGAAGGAGAAGAAGUUCAGGGACCCGACUUCCCCCGACAAAGCGUUCGACACGCUGCGGGAGGCCAUGGAGGCCGGCGUGGUGGACCCCGAGGCUGUGGUGUACGACGUGGCGAGCGGCAGGCCCGUCACCACCAGGGAAGCGGUGGACAGCGGCAUGAUCGACGCCGCCGGUCGCGUCACCGACCCGUCGACGGGCACCUCGAUGUCCGUCAAGGACGCCGCCAAGCUCGGCCUGCUCGCCGUGGUCGGCGCACCAGUGCUGGCCGGCAUGGCCGUCGCCGACAAGCUCAAGAGCAUGUACGACAAAAAGAAGGGUGGCGAGCCAGCGGUGACACCGCCAGCAAGGAAGUCCAAGUCCAAGUCGCCGUCACCGUCGCCUGCCGUGGCCGUGGCGGCGGCGGCAGCCCAGUCGGAACCCCAACCCCGACAAGUGGCACGGCAACUUUUCCCCGAAGAUAAAGACGAAGAAACCGAUUCCACGGACAGCAAGACGGCCGCCUUGGCCAAGCCCGUGGUCGUGGAGGCGCUGCUCAAGUCAGAGUCCGCAACGCCGGUCACCAAAUCUAGUCAUGAAUCUAGUCCUAGCGUAGCUGAGAUCACCAUCCAGAGCACGGCCAAGCCCGUCAAGGGCGAGCCCAGCUCACCAACCACCAAGCAGCCCCUGGACGCGCAGGCGCUGGUCGCCGCGGGCGCGCUGGACGCGGAGAAGGGGCAGUUCUUGAACCCGCAGUCCGGCGACGUUGUGCCGUUCCACGAGUUCGCGCUGCGCCUCGGCAUCCUCGACCCCGAGAGAGUGGUGGUGCGCGACCUGGCCGGCCGCGAAGACACCUUCGUGCCGCUGCGGCAGGCACUGCAGAUCCCGCUGCUGGACAAGAACACGGGGCAGAUGGUUGACCCCAGCACCGGCAAGCGAGUCCCCUUCCUGGAGGCCGUCAAGUUGGGCUGGAUCGUGGAGCGGCCGCCGGAGAAGACAGGUCGGGAGCUGGUGCUGAGCCUGGAGGACGCCGUCGAACAGAGGCUGUUCAGCCCCGACACCGCCGAAGUACUGAACCCCGCCACCGGCGAGCUGAUGCCCCUCGCCGCCGCGCUCAGCCAGGGCGUGCUGAGCAGCGAGGCCAUCAUGGUGCGCAGCCCUGACGGCGAUGACGUCAUCACGCUGUCCGAGGCCGUGGAGUCAGGCAUGGUGGACCUGGAUAAGGGCACGGUGGUGGACCCGCGCACGGGCCAGGCCGUGGACAUGAAGGCGGCGUUGGCCAGCGGGCUGCUCAUGGCGUCGCCGCGCAAGGCGCUGUCGCUGGAGGCCGUCAUCAACAAGGGCCUGUACGACGCGGACUCGGGGUUGAUCACGAACCCCGCGACGGAGCAGGCGGUGCCCGUGGACGAGGCGGUGCGGCAGGGCGUGGUGGACGCGUUCCUCACCGAGUGCAAGGACAGCCGGUCGGGCGCCUUCGUGUCGCUGGACGACGCGCUGCAGAGCAAGAUCAUCAACGCGCACUCCGGCCGGUUCCGCGACACCGAGUCCGGCCAGAUCAUGCCGCUGGACGAGGCCCUGGCGCAGGGGCUCAUCUCCACCAACCACAUCACGCUGCCGCUCGUCGACACCAUCGUGGAGGGCUUCUACUCGCCGCGCUCGGGCCGCGUGCUCAACCCGGGCACCGGCCUGGAGCAGACCCUGGCGCAGGCCAUGGACUGCGGCUUCGUGGACGCCGCCUCUGCGCGCGUUCGCGACGACCACACGGAGAGGAUAGUGACGGUGGCCGAGGCCGUGCAGUCAGGCCUGUUGGACGCGGACAAGGGCCUGGUCACCUACCCCGCGCCGAUGGCGCUAGACGACGCCCUGGAGAGAGGCUACAUCCUGGCGACGGGCAAGCCCUGCUCGCUGCAGGCGGCCCUGGCGCAGGGCUGCUACGAGCCCAAGACGGGCCUCAUGCUGCUCAACGACGACCGCGUCACGCUGGAGGAGGCCGUCAAGCAGGGCGAGAUCAACCGCAACGCGCUGACCGUCAAAGACCCGCGGUCCGGAGACAUCCUCACGCUGGCCGAGGCCGUCAAGGUGGGCGUCAUCAACCCCAAGCACGGCACGGCCACGGACCCCACCAGCGGCGCUGAGAUGCACUUCUACGACGCGCUGGAGAGGGGCCUGAUCGUGCCCGCCAAGCGCAAGAUCUCGCUGUCCGAGGCCGUGUUCAAGGGCUUCUACGACCCCAAGUCGGGCAAGUUCACCAGCCCGGAGACGAAGGAGCGGCUGCCCACGGACCGCGCCAUCAAGCGCGGCAUGAUUGACCCGGAGAGCACCCUGGUGCGCACCGAGGACGGCGUCGUGCCCUUCCUCCACGCCAUCGAGACCGGCCUGGUGGACGCGAGGGCCGGCACUCUGGUGGGAGGCCCCGGGGUCGGCACCAUGGACUUCCACGAGGCCUUCGAGAAGGGCCUGCUUGUGGAGGUCCGGCGGCCCAUGCCGCUCAGCGAGGCCCUCGCCAAGGGCGUGUUCGACGCGGACUCUGCGCGCUUCAUGAACCCGUCGUCCGGCGAGGGGCUGACGCUCGCCGACGCCGUCGACCAGUACGUCGUCGAGUCCGACUCGGUGCACGUCAAGGACACGCGCUCCGGCUUCCUGAAGAAGCAGUCCUUGGCCGAGGCCAUGCGCAUCGGCCUUGUCGACGGCGAGACCAGCAAAGUCCGCGACUUCAGCCGCGGCGCGGACGCCGUCGUGGAGGUGGCGCUCCCCGAGGCCGUGGAGCAGGGCCUGAUCGUGGACAGCAAGAGCGCCGUGUCCGUGCAGCGCGCCAUCCACCAAGGGCUGUACCACGACGACACCGGCAAGCUGACGGACCCCAACACGGGGCGCAAGGUGACGCUGCACGAGGCCAUCCGGAGGUACAUCAUCAACCCCGAGCUGCCGUGCUACUGGGACCGCAAGUCGGAGCGCCUGCUGUCGCUGGUGGAGACCUGCCGCGCCGGCAUCAUCGACCGGCGCGCCGGCCGCUUCAAGGAGCCCGGCUCCAACUGCGCCGUGCCGCUGUCCGAGGCCAUGGAGCUGGGACUCAUCGUGGACAUCGAGACGGCGGGCUUCGGGCUGUUCGAGGCGCUGGCCAUGGGGCUGUACGACCCGGCCACGGGGCUGCUGGCGCAUCCCGCCACCGGGCGCCGCCUCACCCUGGCGGACUCCGUCAAGGAGGAACUCGUCAGCCCCUUGCUGUCCAUCGUCAAGCACGCCGGCACCGGCCGCUACAUGAAGCUGGACGAGGCCGUGAAGGCCGGCCUGGUGGACGACGAGGCGGGCGUGUACCGCCUGCCCGACUCGGCGCGGACGCUGUCGCUGGCCGAGGCCAAGCAGAAGGGGCUGAUCGUGACGGCACGCAGGCCGCUGAGCGUGGAGGAGGCGGUGCGCUGCGGGCUGUACCGCGUCGACUCGGGUCGCUUCGUGGACCCCGAGAGCGGCGACGCGCUGGACAUCGCGCAGGCCUUGGCGCGUGGGCUGCUGCAGCCGGACACGACGGCCGUGCGCGACCCCAUCACGGGGCAGCUCAAGAGCCUCAACUCGGCGCUCGAGGACGGCACCAUCGACGCGGCGCGUGGCCGCGUCACGGACCCCAAGACCCGCGAGCAGCUCAACGUGGAGGCUGCGCUGGACCGCGGGCUGCUCGUCACCACCGACAAGCCCCUCACGUUCAAGGAGGCGGUGCGCCGCGGCUCCAUCGACUUCAAACGCGGCACGUUCAAGGACCCGCGCUCCAUGCUGGAGUGCACGCUCGAGGAGGCCAUCCGCCACGAGCUCAUCGACCCCGAGUCCGCCAUGGUCAAGGACCCCGCCACGGGCCGCUUCCACCCCCUCAAGAAGGCCAUCGUGGACGGGCUCAUCGACCUGAACAAGCGCGCCGCGCUCGACCCCAACACCGGCAAGGCCAAGUCCCUCUGCAUCAUGUUCGAGCAGGGCACGGUCGUCUUCCUGCGCGAGCCGCUCACUUUCGAGGCCGCCGUCGAGCAGGGCCACCUGGACACGGCCACGGCCAAGUUCACGGACCCGACCUCCAAGGAGCAGAUGACGCUGCGCGAGGCCGUGACGCAGGGCCUCAUCGACCCCGACUCGGCCCUCAUCAAGGACACGCGGCGCAAGCACCUGCUCAAGCUGGCCGAGGCCUUCAGGAAGGGCCUCAUGGAGGGCGAGAAGGGCAACGUCCUCGACUCGGAGUCGUCGCGCCUCAACACCCUGGCCGAGGCCAUCGACACUGGUCUGCUGACCUCGCCCCGGCGUGGCUUCACCCUCAUCGAAGCCGUGCAGUACGGUCUCUACGACCCGGCCUCUGGCGCCGUCGCCGACCCCUACCUGUCCCCCACGCACGCGCCGCUGACGCUGGCGGAGGCCGUGGAGGCAGGCCUCGUGGACCCGUCCUCCACGGCCGUCAAGGACCCCGAGACGGGCGCCGUGUGCAGCCUGCCCGAGGCCAUGUCGUCCAAGCUGGUGGACUCUGCGGCCGGCCGGCUGCGCGUCCCCGAGGGCGAGCCCAUGGACCUGGCCAAGGCCCUGCAGAGAGGCUACAUCCUGCCCGCCGAGCAGAGGCAAGCCAUGGAGGAGAAGUACCGCCUGUGCGACGAGUCGCUGCAGAAGCUGCUGCAGUGGAUCGCCGAGGUGGAGGACAGGCUGGCCAACCAAGACGUGGUGCACGAGCAAGUGGAUGAACUCCGCAACCAGAUCAACAACCUCAAGGUCAUGAAGGACGACCUGGACGCGCACGCCCGCCCCGUGUCGGCGUGCCUGGACCAGGUGCGCCUGAUCGUGUCGACGGGCGGCGAGCUGCUGUCGAGCGUGGAGAUGGCCUCCCUGGAGAAGAACGGCAAGGGGCUGCGCACGCGCUACGACCGCGCGCUCAACCGCACCGACCUGCUGCUGCGCCGCCUGGCCGCCGCCCGCGACGAGCUCACCAAGUUCCGCGGCGAGAUGACGCAGUUCGUGUCGUGGCUGGACAAGGCGCGCCGCGUGCUGGAGGACAAGGAGCGCUCGCUGUCAAACCUGAACCGCCUGACGAGCGGCGCCGACUCGACGCGCGAGUUCGUCAGCGACGUGAUCGCCCACCAGGCCGACCUGCGCUUCAUCACCAUGGCGGCGCAGAAGUUCGUGGACGAGUCCAAGGAGUACCUGACGGUGCUCAACGACUUCCGCACCAGCCUGCCGCAGCGCCUGCCCCACGUGGAGGCCAUCUCGGCGCAGGACUCGGUGGUGCGCAACGAGGUGUCGGUGGUGACGGCGCAGUACAAGGACCUGCUGAACCGCUGCAACGCGCUCACGGACAGGCUGUCCGGCGUGGGCGGCCGUCAACGUGAGUACCGCGACGCCGUGGACAAGGCCCGCGCCUGGCUCAAGGAGGUGGAGCCGCGCGCGCACAAGAUCAUCGCCGAGCCCAUCGGCGCCGACCCCAAGACCGUGGAGGACCAGCUGCACCGCGCCAAGCAGCUCAACAGCGAGUUCGUGGCCAACGCGCGCCUCAUCGACAACGCCCGCCAGGCCCUGGCCGCGCUGCUGCGCUCGCUGGACGGCCAGCUGACGCCCGCCGAGGCCCGCGACCUGGAGCAGCCCGUGGUGGAGAUCGAGGCCAAGUACAACCAGCUGGCCGAGGCGCUGGCGGACAAGUGCGCCGCGCUGGACACGGCCCUGACGCAGAGCCAGGGCGUGCAGGACGCGCUGGACGGGCUCGUCGGCUGGCUCAACAGCUCCGACAACCAGCUCAAGACGCAGUGGCGGCCCGCCAGCCUCAUCAAGGAGCGCCUCGAGGAGCAGAUCCGCGAGCACCGCCAGCUGCAGGCUGAGAUCGACAGCCACAAGGCCAGCGUUGAGGCCGUGGCGCGCUCCGCGCAGGAGCUCGUCAACACCGCCAGCAACUCGCGCCUCGCCAAGAAGAUCGAGACCAAGCUGCACGACGUGACGUCGCGCUUCGACAAGCUGCUGGACAAGGUGGCCAAGCGCGGCGAGUUCCUGGACGAGGUGAUGGCCGCGCUCAUGACCUUCUCCAACCAGGCCACGCUGCUGGAGCGCUGGCUGUCAGAAAUGCUGGAGGUGCUGGACUCGCGCGAGCUGCCCGAGGUGGCGGCGCGGCUCGAGGACCUGGCCGCCAAGCGCGACGCCAAGCGGGAGCCCUUCGAGGAGGCCAUCCGCAACGGCCGCAACCUGGUCGGCCAGAAGGACGUGACGGACACCGGGCCGGUGCGCGACCGCAUCAAGGGCCUGGAGAGCCAGUGGAAGGAACUGAACGGCCUGCUGGACGAGAAGACGCGUCUCAGCCGCGCGCGCGCCGAGCAGCUCUCGGCCUACGACCGCCUGCGCGACCAGGUCAUGGAGUGGCUCAGCAACAUGGAGAACAGGCUGGCGCGCCUCGAGGCCAUCGCCCUGGACGCCGAGUACCUCAAGAAGCAGUCCGAGGAGAUCAAGCCGCUGGUGAAGGAGCACCGCGACUACGCCGGCAUCAUCGACAAGGUGAACGACCUCGGCAACGCGUACGACGCGCUGACCCAGGGCGGACGCCCGGACUCGCCGGCCCGUCGCCGCAGCGGCGCCUACAGCCCCACCAAGCGCCUGUCGUCCACGGCCAGCCCCAUCGGCCGGCGCUCGUCGCAGGACGCGCUCUUGACGAGCCCCGUGUCGCCAGGUGGUUCGAGCGGCUUCGGCAGCCGGCGCUCGUCGCAGGACGGCGGCUUCCACCUGGACGAGGUGUCGCCCGUGCAGCAGCAGCUCACCGAGAUCAACAACCGCUACUCGCUGCUCGGCGUGCGCCUCGGCGACCGCCAGACCGAGCUGGACCAGGUGCGCGAGGAGGUGCGCAAGAUCCUGGAGAACCUUCGCACGCUGUCCGUGUUCCUGGACAAGGUGCAGCGCGCCCUGCCCAAGGAGAGCGUGCCCAUGACCAAGGACGAGGCCGACAAGAUGACCCGACAAAUCAAGAGCGUCCUCGAAGAGAUGUACGAGAAGCAGUCCCUGUUGGACGGCACGCGCGGCUCGGUGCAGGAGCUCCUGCGCCGCAAGCCUGGCGCGCGCGGCGCCGACACCCUGCACGACGAGAUGGCCGAGGUUGCGUCCCGCUGGCGCGCGCUGCACGACCUGUGCAAGGCGCGCAUCAAGCUCAUGGAGGACAUGAAGGACUUCCACGACACGCACGACUCGCUGAGCGGCUGGCUGGCCGCCAAGGACAGGAUGCUGACGGUGCUGGGCCCCAUCUCGUCCGACCCCAGGAUGGUGCAGAGCCAGGUGCAGCAGGUGCAGGUGCUCCGCGAGGAGUUCCGCACCCAGCAGCCCCAGCUCAACCACCUGCUGGAGGUGGGCGACGCCGUGCUCGCGCACGUGGACCGCAACUCCGGCGACGGGCAGCGCAUCGCCGCCAAGCUGGACCAGAUCCAGCAGCGCUGGAACGACCUGCUGGGCCGCCUGGAGGAGCGCGCCGAGAGCCUGGGCGCCGCGGCCGACACGAGCCGGGAGUUCGACGCCCAGCUCACCAGGCUGCGCGACGCCCUGCAGGCCAUCAGCGACGCCCUGGACGACCUGCCGCUCGACAAGGACCCCGAGGAGCAGCUGCGCAAGAUCGAGAACCUGGAGCGCCAGCUGGAGGGACAGCGGCCGCUGCUGGCUGACGUGGAGGCCGCCGGCGCGCAGCUGUGCGAGGUGCUGACGGACCCCGCGUCCCGCGCCGACAUCCAGGCCAAGCUGGCCGCCGUCAUCCGCCAGUACAACACCCUGCAGAAGAAGCUGGACCACCGCAAGGCCGAGAUCGAGGGUUCGCUCCGCGACGGCCGCCAGUUCGAGCAGUCGUGCGCGCGCACGCUGGGCUGGCUGUCGGACGAGCUGGGUGGGCUGUCGGAGCGCCUGCUGGUGUCCGCGGACCGCGACGUGCUGCAGGAGCAGCUGGACAAGCACGAGCCCGUCUACAAGGCGGUGCUGAACCGCGAGCACGAGGUCAUCAUGCUGCUCAACAAGGGCCGCGACAUGCAGGCACGCGCCGGCCCCCGCGGCGACGCGCGCAACCUGGGCCGCGACCUGGACAAGAUCCAGCAGGCGUGGGACCGGCUGCGCAAGGACGUCCUGGAGCGCCACACGCGCCUGCAGACGUGCAUGGAGCACUGCAGGAAGUACUACCGCGCGCAGGAGCAGUUCCUGCCCUGGCUGCUGCAGGCCGAGGACAAGCUGGAGUCCCUGCAGCCCGCGAGCUUCAAGCGCAAGGACAUCGAGCGGCAGCUCAAGGAGCUGGCCGCCUUCCGCAACGACGUGUGGAAGCGGUCCGGCGAGUACGAGAACAACCGCAUGCUCGGCGAGACGUUCGUGGGCUCGUGCGACAUCGACAAGGACAUCGUCAAGAACGAGCUGACCAACAUGAAGCAGCGCUGGGACCGCCUCAACAACGGGCUGCUGGAGCGCACGCAGGCGCUGGAGGAGACGGCCCGCCGCCUCGGCGACUUCGGCGAGAACCUCCGCGACCUGGCGCACGCCGUGCAGCGCUGCGAGGACAAGCUGGCCUCGCACGACGCCAUCGGCGGCGCCGCCAGGGACCCCAAGAUGCUGGAGAGGAUCCGCGCGCUGCGCGAGGAGGCCGGCAACCUCAAGAAGCCCCUGCUGGGGCUCCGCCAGGCCGCCGGCGACCUCGUCAAGGAGGCCGGCGAGCACGGCGUCGACGCGCACCACCUCCAGGACGAGGUGGAGGGCGUCGGUGACCGCAUCGACGAGCUGUGCGCCAAGCUGGACGACCGCUGCAGCCAGCUGCAGUCCGCCGCCACGGCCGUGUCGCAGUUCAACGAGCAGGUCAAGGCCCUGGGCCAGGACCUGACGGGCCUGGAGAACGAGCUGGACGCCAUGAAGCCGCCUGGCAGGGAGAUCAAGGUGGUGCGCGCGCAGCUGGAGGACGUGUCGCGCUUCCUCAAGAAGGUAAGCCGCGCCGCGGACGACGUGGCCCGCGCCGUGCAGUCGGGCGAGCACCUGGUGGACUCCGGCUUCGCGUCGGACACCGUGGCGACGCGCGACCAAGUGGAGUCGCUCCGCCGGCAGCUGGCGCGCCUCGAAGAGCGCGGCCGCAACCGCGAGGAGGACCUGGACGCGGCGCUGGGCCGCCUGGAGUCGUUCUACCAGCAGUACGCGGUGGUGAUGGAGGACAUCAACCACGCCGCCGAGCAGGUGCGCAAGCUGAAGCCCAUCGGCUCGGACCUGGACAGCAUCAAGGCCCAGCAGGAGGAGUUCCGCCACUUCCGGCGCGCCACCAUCGAGCCCCUGGGCGCCACGGUGGGCGACACCAACCGCGCCGGCCAGGGCCUGGUGCAGAGCGCCGCCGGCGGCGUCAGCACCGCCGUGCUGGAGAAGGACCUGGAGAAGCUCAACGACCGCUGGAACGACCUCAAGGAGAAGAUGAACGAGCGCGACCGGCGCCUCGACGUUGGGCUGCUGCAGUCCGGCAAGUUCCAGGAGGCGCUGGACGGGCUGUCCAAGUGGCUCAGCGAGACCGAGGAGAUGGUGGCCAAGCAGAAGCCGCCCUCGGCCGACUACAAGGUGGUCAAGGCGCAGCUGCAGGAGCAGAAGUUCCUCAAGAAGAUGCUGCUCGACCGUCAGAACUCCAUGUCCUCGCUGUUCGCCAUGGGCAACGAGGUGGCCGCCAACGCCGACCCGGCCGAGCGCAAGGCCAUCGAGCGCCAGCUCAAGGACCUGAUGGGACGCUUCGACCGGCUGACGGAGGGCGCGCAGCAGCGCAUGGAGGCCCUGGAGAUGGCCAUGGCCGUGGCCAAGCAGUUCCAGGACAAGCUGGUGCCCAUCAUGGAGUGGCUGGACAAGACCGAGCGCAAGGUCAAGGACCUGGAGCUGGUGCCCACCGACGAGGAGAAGAUCCAGCAGAAGAUCCGCGAGCACGACGCCCUGCACAAGGAGAUCCUGCGCAAGAAGGCGGCCUUCACCGAGCUCACCGAGGUGGCCAGCACGCUGAUGGAGUUGGUGGGCGAGGACGAGGCGGCCGGCCUGGCCGACAAGCUGACGGAGACGACGGACCGCUACGCCACACUGGUGGAGGCCUCCGAGGCCGUGGGCGCGCUGCUGCAGCAGUCCCGGCAGGGCCUGCGUCACCUGGUGCUGACCUACCAGGACCUGCAGGCGUGGAUGGAGAAGAUGGAGAAGGAGCUGAACCGGCACCGCGUGCUGGCCGUGCACACCGACAAGCUGCUGCAGCAGAUGGACGACCUCGCCGACCUCACCGAGGAGAUCGCCAACAAGCAGACGCAGGUGGACGGCACCGUGGACAGCGGGCUGGAGCUCAUGAAGCACAUCUCCAACGACGAGGCCAUCCAGCUCAAGGACAAGCUAGACUCGCUGCAGCGCCGCUACAACGACCUGACGUCGCGCGGCGCGGACCUGCUGAAGCACGCGCAGGAGGCCCUGCCGCUCGUGCAGCAGUUCCACAACUGCCACACCAAGCUGGUGGACUGGAUGAUGGGCGCCGAGGCGACGCUGCAGCAGGCCGAGCCCCGCGAGGAGGACAUCCACCGCCUGGAGCUGGACAUCCAGGAGUUCCGGCCCGUGCUGGAGGCCAUCAACCAGGUGGGGCCGCGGCUGUGCCAGAUGUCGCCCGGCGAGGGCGCCUCCACCAUCGAGGGGCUCAUGACGCGCGACAACCGGCGCUUCGACGCCAUCGCCGAGCAGAUCCAGCGCAAGGCGGAGCGCAUCCAGCUGUCGAAGCAGCGCUCGCUGGAGGUCAUCAGCGACAUCGACGAGCUGCUGGACUGGUUCCGCGAGGUGGAGAACCAGAUCCGCGAGGCGGAGCCGCCCAGCUCGGACCCCGACGUGAUCCGCGUGCAGCUCAAGGAGCACAAGGCCCUCAACGACGACAUCUCGUCGCAGAAGGGCCGCGUGCGCGACGUGCUGUCCACGGCCAAGAAGGUCCUGCGCGAGUCCGCGCAGCAGGAGGACACGGGCACCAUCCGCGAGAAGAUGGAGGACCUGCGCGAGAUGAUGGAGCUGGUGUCCGGGCUGAGCGCGGACCGCCUCGGCAUCCUGGAGCAGGCGCUGCCGCUCGCGCAGCACUUCCUGGAGACCCACGCCACGCUGGCCAGCUGGCUGACGGACAUGGAGCGCCAGGUGGCCAUGCUGGCCAUGCCGUCGCUGCGCCCGGACCUGAUCGCGCAGCAGCAGGACCGCAACGAGAUGUUCCUGCAGUCCCUCAACGAGCACAAGCCGCUGCUGGACAAGCUCAACAAGACGGGCGAGGCGCUCAUCUCGCUCGUCAACGACGAGGAGGGCUCCAAGGUGCAGGACGUGAUGGACGGCGACAACGCCCGCUACAACGCGUUGCGCGUCGACCUGCGCACGCGCCAGCAGGCGCUGGAGAAGGCCCUGCAGGAGUCGAGCCAGUUCGCCGACAAGCUGGAGGGCAUGCUGCGCGCGCUCACCAACACCGCGGACCAGGUUAACAACAUGGAGCCCGUCUCGGCGCACCCGCCCAAGAUCCGCGACCAGAUCGACGACAACAACGCCAUCGUGGAGGACCUGGACAAGCGGCAGGAGGCGUACGACGCGGUGAAGCGCGCCGCCACGGACGUCAUCAACAAGGCCGGCAACCGGGCCGACCCCGCCGUCAACGACAUCAAGCGCAAGCUGGAGAAGCUCAACAGCCUGUGGAACGACGUGCAGAAGGCGACCGGCGACCGCGGCAAGUCACUCGACGAGGCGCUGCGCGUGGCGCAGAAGUUCUGGGAGCAGCUGCACGCCGUCAUGGCCACGCUGCGCGACCUGCAGGACACCCUGCAGUCCCAGGACCCGCCCGCCGUGGAGCCCUCCGUCAUCAAGCAGCAGCAGCACGCGCUGCAGGACAUCCGCCACGACAUCGACCAGACCAAGCCCGAGGUGGACCAGGUGCGCCAGACCGGCCAGAAGCUCAUGAAGAUCUGCGGCGAGCCCGACAAGCCCGAGGUGAAGAAGAACAUCGAGGACCUGGACAGCGCCUGGGACAACAUUACCGCCCUGUACGCGCGCCGCGAGGAGAAUCUCAUCGACGCCAUGGAGAAGGCCAUGGAGUUCCACGAGAUGCUGCAGAACCUGCUGGCCUUCCUGGACAAGGCCGAGGACAAGUUCGCCCACAUGGGCGCGCUCGGCUCGGACAUCGACGCCGUCAAGAGGCAGAUCAGCCAGCUCAAGGACUUCAAGCACGAGGUGGACCCCCACAUGGUCAAGGUGGAGGCACUCAACAGGCAAGCCCAGGAGCUGACGGAGCGCACCUCGGCCGACCAGGCCGCCGCCAUCAAGGAGCCUCUGAACGCGGUGAACCGCCGCUGGGACGACCUGCUGCGCGGCAUGGUGGAGCGGCAGCGGCAGCUGGAGAACGCGCUGCUGCGCCUCGGCCAGUUCCAGCACGCCCUGUCCGAGCUGCUGGCCUGGAUCGACGCCACGGAGCGCACGCUGGACUCGGACCUCAAGCCCGUGCCCGGCGACCCGCAGCUGCUGGAGGUGGAGCUGGCCAAGCUCAAGGUGCUGGUGAACGACAUCCAGGCGCACCAGUCGUCCGUGGACACGCUGAACGACGCGGGCCGGCAGCUGAUCGAGAGCGGCAAGGGCACCUUGGAGGCGUCCAGCACGCAGGAGAAGCUGUCGACGCUGAACCGGCGGUGGCGCGAGCUGCUGCAGAAGGCGGCUGACCGGCAGACGGAGCUGGAGGACGCCCUGCGGGAGGCGCAGCGCUACCACGCCGAGGUGCAGGACCUGCUGUCGUGGCUCGGCGAGGUGGACGGCGUCAUCGCCGCCUCCAAGCCCGUCGGCGGGCUGCCCGAGACGGCGUCCGAGCAGCUGCAGCGCUUCAUGGAGGUGUACAACGAGCUGGAGGAGAACCGGCCCAAGGUGGAGUCGUGCCUGGCGCAGGGCCACGAGUACCUCAAGAAGUCGAGCGAGCGGCGCGCCAGCAACCUGGAGCACAACCUGCGCACGCUCAAGCAGCGCUGGGACUCGGUGACGGCGCGCGCCAACGACAAGAAGAUCAAGCUGGAGAUCGCGCUCAAGGAGGCGACCGAGUUCCACGACGCGCUGCAGGCCUUCGUGGACUGGCUGACGAACGCCGAGAAGGUCCUCAGCAACCUCAAGCCCGUGUCCCGCGUCAUGGAGACCAUCCUGCAGCAGAUCGAGGAGCACAAGGCCUUCCAGAAGGACGUCGGCGUGCACCGCGAGACGAUGCUCAACCUGGACAAGAAGGGCACGCACCUCAAGUACUUCAGCCAGAAGCAGGACGUGAUCCUCAUCAAGAACCUGCUCAUCUCGGUGCAGCACCGCUGGGAGCGCGUCGUGUCCAAGAGCGCCGAGCGCACGCGCGCCCUGGACCACGGCUACAAGGAGGCGCGCGAGUUCCACGACGCGUGGUCCGGCCUCAUGUCGUGGCUCACGGACACGGAGAAGGGGCUGGAGGAGCUGCAGGUGGAGGAGGGCGUCGGCAACGACCCCGACCGCAUCAAGCAACGCCUCGCCAAGCACCGCGAGUUCCAGCGCGCGCUCAGCGGCAAGCAGGCCACGUACGACGCCACCAUGCGCGCCGGCAAGACCCUCAAGGACCGCGCGCCCAAGACGGACGAGACGGCCCUGCGCAACAUGCUGACGCAGCUCAAGAACAAGUGGACCGCCGUGUGCGCCAUGUCCGUGGAGCGGCAGCGCCGCCUGGAGGAGGCCCUGCUGUACUGCGGCCAGUUCAAGGACGCCGUGCAGGCCCUCAUGGACUGGCUCUACAAGAUGGACAAGAUCCUGGCCGAGGACGGCCCCGUCCACGGCGACCUGGACACCGUCAUGGCGCUCGUCGAGCAGCACAAGCAGUUCGAGGAGGACCUCAGCAGCCGCUCCGCCCAGAUGGAGUCCGUCAAGCGCACCGGCAAGGACCUCAUGGACAAGGCCACGGCCGCGGACGCCGCCGCCAUCCGGUCGCAGCUCAGCGAGCUGACGUCCAUGUGGGACAAGGUGAGCCGCCUGUCGGACCGCAAGACGAAGCGCCUGGAGGACGCGCUGAAGGAGGCGGAGGCCCUGCACAAGGCCGUGCACAUGCUGCUGGAGUGGCUGUCGGACGCCGAGAUGAAGCUGCGCUUCUCCGGCACGCUGCCCGAGGACGAGCACGAGACGCGCGCCCAGCUGGCGGAGCACGAGAAGUUCAUGCGCGAGAUGCGCGAGAAGGAGCGCGAGAAGGACCAGACCAUCGCGCUGGCGCAGCGCAUCCUGGCCAAGGCGCACCCCGACGGCGCCACCGUCAUCAAGCACUGGAUCACCAUCAUCCAGUCGCGCUGGGAGGAGGUGUCCAGCUGGGCCAAGCAGCGCGAGCAGCGCCUCAACGACCACCUGCGCUCGCUGCGCGACCUGGACUCGCUCCUCGAGGAGCUGCUGUCCUGGCUGCAGGGCCUGGAGAGCAACCUGCUGUCCCUGGAGGCUGAGCCGCUGCCCGACGACCUCAACACGCUGCGCCAGCUCAUCCAGGAGCACCAGGAGUUCAUGGAGAACACCGCCGUGCGCCAGGGCGAGGUGGACGCCGUCUGCAAGAGCAGGCAGGUGGCCAAGGGGCCCGCCGCCAAGGACAAGGACCGGCGCCCGUCCAAGCCCAGGACCUCGCUGUCUUCAAGGGACCUCGAGCGCGAGUCUUCCCCCGAGUACGAGAUGUCUGGUCGCAAGGGCAGUCGCGCGAGUCCAGGACGAGAGAAAACUCCAGACAUUUACCCGCACAUUGGACCACGAUUCCCGCCCAAAGGAAGCAAAGGGGCUGAGCCGCAGUUCCGCAGCCCGCGCGUGAAGCUGCUGUGGGACAAGUGGCGCAACGUCUGGAUGCUCUCGUGGGAGCGCCAGCGUCGUCUGCAGGAGAAGUAUAACUACCUCCUGGAAAUGGAACGUGUCAAGAACUUCAGCUGGGAUGACUGGAGGAGGCGGUUCCUGAAGUUCAUGAACCACAAGAAGUCUCGUCUCACUGACCUGUUCCGUAAGAUGGACAAGAACAAUGAUGGCCUCAUCCCUCGAGAGGACUUUAUCGAUGGCAUAAUCAAAACCAAAUUUGAUACCAGUCGGUUAGAGAUGAAUGCUGUGGCGGACAUGUUCGACCACAACAAUGAAGGUCUGAUUGACUGGAAGGAGUUCAUCGCUGCUCUUAGGCCUGACUGGGAAGAAAAGCAGCCAUCUGUUGAGGCUGAUAAGAUUCAUGAUGAAGUCAAGAGGCUUGUGAUGUUGUGUACCUGCCGACAGAAAUUCCGUGUGUUCCAAGUCGGAGAAGGCAAAUACAGAUUCGGCGACAGUCAAAAGCUGCGUUUGGUCCGUAUCCUGCGGUCUACUGUCAUGGUCCGUGUUGGCGGUGGAUGGGUUGCUCUGGAUGAAUUCCUUGUCAAGAACGAUCCUUGCAGAGCGGAGGAAUUCCUCAGUCAGCUGAUGCCAAUAUUUGAGAGUCUUCGACAGAAGGAAGAAAUCCCAUGCUCGUACCCCCUGGCUAUGGGCACCCGCUCCGGCGGGCCUACGUACCAUUGGAUUAAUAGAACUCAUUGUCAUGAGAUUCGAGAACGCAGUGCUCGAAGCGUGCCAAUGAAGCAAUCAUCAACUGGACGGUCAUCAUUCUCUGCAGCGUCUGAUUCUCUAAGUGACAAUGAAGGCUCAUUCUCACGCGGACCACCCACAAGAAAGUCAUCAGCCCCGCUUAGAAGUUCACUUACGCCAGGUGGCAGCUUACCUGGUAGCAGAAACAACAGCAGGCCCCCCAGCAGACAAGGAAGCAAGCCGCCAAGCAGGCAUGGCUCAAACCUGUCAUUGGACAGCACUGAUGAAGGCACACCCAGCCGUAUUCCAAUGAGACGGGUCACUUCUUCAACACCAUCCUCAGCACAACGGAAGUUGACUGUACCAAUGAAUGGAAGUGCUACUCGACCAAGGACUCCAACAUCUGGCCUUACCAGUCCAGCAAGCGGCGCUGUGUCCAGGUUAGGGACCAUACACCGUGCUUCGAGUAUUCCCACUCUCACGGGUGUAGGAUCAAGCGGCUCAAGGAUACCAAUCUAUGUUGGAGCAUCAUUAGACACUCAGGAUGAGCAUCUUCCAGCCUCAUCUUUCUCUUGUCCAACUUCAGGCCGGAGCUCCGGAAGGAGUUCAGUGCGAACAAAUUCAUCCUCUAAUAUUCCUGUACUUAUGAAGGCAUAUUACUACUACAGGGCCAGAACGCCAUCUGGCUCGAGCACUCCAGCCCCACCUGGUUUGGGGACGAAGUUGACUCGAAGGGCAUCUGGCGCUUCAGACACCUCAACUGGAGCUCGGAAAGGAAAAACAUCACCUGCACCUUUCCACCUCUGAAUGCGAUGGUCUUAAAAACUACAAGAGAGACCUUGCUCAAACCAUGAGUUGAAUGGCAACCAGCAAGACUGAAUGAAAAGUUGCCCUCAGGAACAUUCUUCAAAGUAAAGGGGUGAUUUGUUAACCAUGGUUAAAAUAUUUGUGUAAAACUGAUUCAAUUGGAAAGUGGUAGCUUCUUUAUUGUAAUCAAGCUGUACCAAACAGUAGAAUCCGUUCAUUCACAUGGUUUCAGAUGUACCCAGACCCCCCCAAUAAUCAACAAAUCUUUCCAUGAACUUUUUGUAUUAUUAUUUCAUAAUGGUUAUGAAGUACUGUCAUUGAUUGUUCUUAUUGUUUCUUUUAAAUGUCAUGAAGGGACCAUGAUUAAUUACUUAAAACAGUAUUUGGCUGUGUUGCAUGUUUGUUUUUGCUGUCAUCAUGAAACUGUGUCCUGCUUUUGUAUGUCUUGUGUCGUUUUGUAUCUAAGUAUUCUGUGGAAACAUAACUGUGAUCAUGUUCUCAAUUGUUUCCUUCUUUGCCCCUUUUAUUACCCACACAUCUGUUGAUUUUACUAGAAAUAUGUAAACCAUUUUGAAAUUUUUGAUUGGUUUUGUUAAAUUGUGUGGAGUUUUUUUUAUUACUGUGUCUUUUUUUUGUAAUUUUUUUAACAUAAAUUUGGUGCUUAUGACAGCACACCUCAACAAACGAAGCUGUUAUUGGAAAACAGCAUGAGCAUGAAAUUGUUAUGCACAUAGCUACCAUAUUUAUUUAUAAUAAGUGAGAUUUAAAUGAAUGUUAAUGUAAUUAACUGAAUCUUAUAACUGGAGUAACAAGAGCUGUGCUCUGCUUGUGACUCAUGAGAGGUUGGGACUAAUUUUUUUUUUCAAGAGUAACCACUCUUCAAUCAUGACUAUGAAAUUGCCUUCACAAUUUUUUUUUUAAGUGUUAGGUUCAAGUGCCAUCCUUAUUUGGGAUGUUGAUGGCUUCAGUAAAAUACUUUUGACGAACUAUUCUCUAGGUAAUAAAAGAUUUUUCUUAUCUUUUCUUAGCUAUAAGGUGUCAUGGUAUUUCCUUACAUCAAAAGGUCUCAUUUUGAUUAGUCACGCUCUUAAAUUAUCUGAUUAUACUCCUACUUAAAUUAUUUGAUUGUUUUUGUUAUUAACAUUGUAUUAAUAUUUCAUAAAUCAAACAAGAACUGAGUCAAUUGAUUGAUAAGCCAUAUAUGUUGUAAAUAUCGUUAUUUUCCUCCCAUUGGAGGAAAUGGAAACGUCCAGUGAAAGAAGUAAGAUUUAUUUUCUGUACAAAAACUUAAGUAAUAGACUUUCUGUGUUGUAGAAAUCAAUUUCUAGGUACACCUCAGUGGUAUCCAUGCCACUGUGUGCACUUAGUUGCAUUGUAAAAUUGCUUCCUGUCCUGUUUUUUUUUUUUUUUUGUAGUUUUCUUUUCUGUUGUAAUCUUGAAAAUUUUGUACAGUAUUAUGUUGUAAACAUUGUUUAUUCAGAAAGUAUCUUGCCUGCAUAUAUUUUUGAAUCUGAGUUAUCAAUGAACGAAAUGGUUUUGUCAGUCAGUCAUUGUACAUUUUUCUGAUAGUAAUUUUUGUAUAAACUUAGAUUGUAGUAAUGCAUUAAAGCAUGCAUGUCUUUAAAAUGUUCAAAGCAAGUAUGCUCACAAUCAUUGUAAUUAAUAAAGAGAAAUUACCUGUAAUUUAAUUGUGCUGUGUAAGUCUAGUUAACAAAUUCGCUUAUUAAAAAUGUCUCACAAUUA